GUGCGGCAUGAGACGCGCCCUCCCGCGGCCCGCGCUUGUCCUGCUGCCUCCCCGAGGGUCGUGCGGCGCUGGGCCUACGCGGCGGGGAUCGUGAGGCCUGCUCGCGAGCGGGGGCUACCGCGGCCGCGAUGGAGGUGAGCGGGCCGGAGGACGACCCCUUCCUGUCGCAGCUGCAUCAGGUGCAGUGCCCCGUGUGCCAACAGAUGAUGCCUGCCGCCCACAUCAACUCGCAUCUGGACCGCUGCUUGCUGCUGCACCCCGCCGGGCAUCCAGAGCCCGUGGCCGGGCCGCAUAGCGCCGGGGAACCGGCCAAGGGGCCCUCGCCGCCACGCUCGAAGAGGCGGCGGCUCUCGGAGAGCUCUGCCCUGAAGCAGCCCGCCACCCCGACGGCGGCCGAGAGUAGCGAGGGCGAGGGCGAGGAGGGCGACGACGGCGGUGAGACUGAGAGCAGGGAGAGCUACGACGCGCCGCCCACACCCAGCGGCGCCCGCCUCAUCCCCGACUUCCCAGUGGCCCGGGCCAGCAGUCCCGGAAGGAAGGGGCCGGGCAAAAGGCCGGCCGCCUCGGCCGCCGCAGCGGGGAGCGCGUCGCCGCGGAGCUGGGACGAGGCGGAGGCGCAAGAGGAGGAGGAGGCGGUGGGCGAUGGCGAUGCGGACGGAGACGGCGAGGACGACCAGGGGCCCUGGGAUGCCGACGCGGCCGCAGCCUUCGGAGGCAGCAGCGGGGGGCGACAGCAUUCCCGGGCGCUGGCUGCCGAAGAGAUCAGGCAGAUGCUGGAGGGCAAGCCUCUGGCCGAUAAGAUGCGUCCUGACACGUUGCAGGACUACAUCGGGCAAAGCAGAGCUGUGGGGCAAGAGACCCUGCUCAGGUCCCUCCUGGAGACGAAUGAAAUCCCUUCCCUCAUAUUGUGGGGGCCGCCGGGCUGUGGCAAGACCACUCUGGCUCACAUCAUCGCAAACAACAGCAAGAAGCAUAGCAUAAGGUUUGUGACUUUGUCUGCAACAAAUGCCAAGACAAAUGAUGUGCGAGAUGUCAUAAAGCAAGCUCAAAAUGAAAAGAGCUUUUUCAAAAGGAAAACUAUCCUUUUUAUUGAUGAGAUUCAUCGGUUCAAUAAAUCUCAGCAGGACACUUUUCUUCCUCACGUGGAAUGUGGGACGAUUACUUUGAUUGGAGCCACCACAGAAAACCCUUCCUUCCAGGUCAAUGCUGCUCUUCUGAGCCGCUGCCGGGUGAUUGUUCUUGAGAAGCUUCCAGUAGAGGCAAUGGUGACUAUUUUAAUGCGAGCAAUCAACUCCCUGGGAAUCCAUGUCCUAGACUCUAGCCGGCCCACUGACCCUCUGAGCCACAGCAGCAACAGCACUUCUGAGCCCUCCGUGCUCAUAGAAGAUAAAGCUGUGGACACACUGGCUUAUCUCAGCGAUGGGGAUGCCAGAGCUGGUCUAAAUGGGCUACAGCUGGCGGUUCUGGCCAGGUUAAGCUCAAGGAAGAUGUUUUGUAAGAAAAGUGGGCAAACGUAUUCUCCCAGUAGAGUUCUAAUCACGGAAAACGAUGUGAAAGAGGGGCUCCAGCAGUCCCACAUUUUAUAUGACCGAGCAGGGGAAGAGCACUACAACUGCAUCUCUGCACUUCACAAGUCUAUGCGUGGCUCCGACCAGAACGCCUCGCUCUACUGGCUGGCCCGCAUGCUCGAAGGAGGAGAGGACCCCCUGUAUGUGGCAAGGAGGCUUGUGAGAUUUGCCAGCGAGGACAUAGGUCUGGCAGACCCGUCUGCAUUAACACAAGCAGUUGCUGCCUACCAAGGCUGUCAUUUUAUAGGCAUGCCCGAAUGUGAGGUGCUUCUGGCCCAGUGUGUGGUCUAUUUUGCUAGAGCCCCCAAGUCUAUUGAGGUAUACAGCGCCUACAACAACGUCAAAGCUUGCUUGAGAAACCACCAGGGGCCUCUGCCUCCUGUCCCGCUGCACCUGAGGAAUGCGCCAACCAGGCUGAUGAAGGAUCUGGGGUAUGGCAAAGGCUACAAGUACAACCCCAUGUACAGCGAGCCUGUGGAUCAGGAGUACCUGCCUGAAGAAUUACGAGGGGUCGACUUCUUUAAGCAGAGGCGAUGCUGACUCUCAGGUUGUCACAGUGGAAGGCUGUCUCUUUUUGGGGAGUGCCAGGAAGAAAGAGUAACAGAUUGUGAAGUUGGCUGCCUGGGGAAGUUGAAACAGACCAGCAGUUUGUGCCAGAAUUCUAAGAGUUCCUUAGGUGGCAGCACAGUUACUUCAGCUAAAUGUGUAGCGUUGGAAUUGUGCUCAUUUGCACUCUGUGUACUGGUUACGCUUGUGAAAAUAUCUGGCAGCUUUGUGCAAUUCAUGUUAUAAGGAAUUAUCUAUUUUGUCAUAGUAUUUAAGUCAUAAUGUCAUUUCAGAAUUUCAGUUCCUUAGGAUUUUUUUGUUUGUUUAAAAAAUAUAUAUUCUGGGUAGUUUCAAUUGGUUAAAAAAAAAGGUAAUUGUGAUUUAAUACUGCAUAGUGUUUUGGGUAUUUUUUUUAUAUGCAAAGGUCUUAUGAGCCAAUAAAACUAUUUCAAAGUA